CCCCAGAAGAGUGGGCUUUACUGGAUCCUUCACAGAGGAAACUCUACAGAGAUGUGAUGUGGGAAACCUUCAGGAACCUGGCCUCUAUAGGAAAAUCAUGGGAAGAUAAUGAUGUUGAAGUUAAAUACGCAAGCCAGGGAAGAAAAUUAAGAAAUCGUAUGCUACAGAGACUCUUUAAAAGUGAAGAUAGUCGUCUAUGUCAAGAAAACAUCAGCCUAAAUCCAAAUGGCAGUCUGAACAAGAAAACUACAGGUGCUAAACCAUGUGUAUGCAGUGCAUGUGGAACGGUCUUCAUGCAUCUUUCAUCCCUUAAAAGGCACAUUAGAUGUCACACUGAAUACAAACUAUAUGACUACCAAAAAGAUGGAGAGAAGCAUUAUAAAUGUAAGGAAUGUGGAAAAGCCUUCCCUUUUCACAAGUCUCUUGAAAUACAUGAAAGAAUUCAUACUGGAUACAAACUCUAUGAAUGUAAAAAUUGUAGUAAAGCAUUCACUUCUUCCAGUUCCCUUCAGAGACAUGAAAGAAAUCACACUGGAGAGAAACCCUAUGAAUGUAAAGAAUGCGGGAAAGCCUUCAAUUGUAGCAGUUCUCUUCGAAAACAUGAAAUAACUCACACUGGAGAGAAACCUCAUGAAUGUAAAAAAUGCAGUAAAGCAUUCACUUCUUCCAGUUCUCUUCGAAGACAUGAAAGAAUUCACACUGGAGAGAAACCCUAUGAAUGUAAAAACUGCAGUAAAGCAUUCACUUCUUCCAGUUAUCUUCGAGAACAUGAAAGAAUUCAUACUGGAGAGAAACGCUAUAAAUGUAAAAAAUGCAGUAAAGCAUUCAUGUUUUCCAGUUCUCUUAAAGUACAUGAAAUAACUCACACUGGAGAGAAACCCUAUGAAUGUAAAAAAUGCAGUAAAGCAUUCAUUUAUUCCAGUUCUCUUAAAAUACAUGAAAUAACUCACACUGGAGAGAAACCCUAUGAAUGUAAAAAAUGCAGUAAAGCAUUCAGUUCUUCCAGUUUUCUUCAACAACAUGAAAGAAUUCAUACUGGAGAGAAACCCUAUGAAUGUAAAAAAUGCAGUAAAGCAUUCACUUUUUCCACUUGUCUUCAAAGACAUGCAAGAACUCAUACUGGAGAGAAACCAUAUGAAUGUAAAGAAUGUGGGAAAUCCUUCAGUUGUAGUAGUUCUCUUCGAAAACAUGAAAUAAGUCACACAGGAGAGAAACAUGAAUGUAAAAAAUGCAGUAAAGCAUUCACUUUUUCCACUUGUCUUCAAAGACAUGAAAGAACUCAUACUGGAGAGAAACCCUAUGAGUGUAAAGAAUGCAGGAAAGCCUUCAGUUGUAGUAGUUCUCUUCGAAAACAUGAAAUAACUCACACAGGAGAGAAACAUGAAUGUAAAAAAUGCAGUAAAACAUUCACUUCUUCUAGUUCUCUUCGAGUACAUGGAAGAAUUCACACUGGAGAGAAACCCUAUGAAUGUAAAAAUUGCAGUAAAGCAUUCAGUUCUUCCAGUUAUCUUCGAGAACAUGAAAGAAUUCAUACUGGAGAGAAACGCUAUAAAUGUAAGAAAUGCAGUAAAGCAUUCAUGUUUUCCGGUUCUCUUAAAGUACAUGAAAUAACUCACACUGGAGAGAAACCCUAUGAAUGUAAAAAAUGCAGUAAAGCUUUCAUUUAUUCCAGUUCUCUUAAAAUACAUGAAAUAACUCACACUGGAGAGAAACCCUAUGAAUGUAAAAAAUGCAGUAAAGCAUUCAGUUCUUCCAGUUUUCUUCAACAACAUGAAAGAAUUCAUACUGGAGAGAAACCCUAUGAAUGUAAAAAAUGCAGUAAGGCAUUCACUUUUUCCACUUCUUUGCAAAGACAUGCAAGAACUCAUACUGGAGAGAAACCCUAUGAAUGUAAAAAAUGCAGUAAAGCAUUCACUUCUUCCACUUCUCUUCGAAGACAUGAAAGAACUCACACUGGAGAGAAACCCUAUGAAUGUAAGGAAUGUGGCAAAGCCUUUACAAAUCCCUCAAGCCUUCGCUCACACAUGAUCUUUCACACUGGUGAUGGACCUUAUAAAUGUGAGGAAUGUGGGAAAGCAUUCAUUUUCCCCCGUUUUCUUCGAAUACAUGAAAGAACUCAUGCUAGAGACAAAGCUUAUGAACGUAAAAAAACGCAGUAAUGCAUUCAUUUCUCCCAGUAUACUGCAGAAACAUGAAAGAAAUCAUA